CUCUUCGGAGGGCCACCAUCAAGAAAAGCAAAACAGACUUGCUGAACCCAGAGGAAGCUGAUGACCCACUGGCAGACAUCUCUUCAGUAGGUUCACCUUUUGCUCGAGCCAGCAUCAAAAGUGUCACGCUGGAAAAUGCUACUUUCUUUCACAAAAAAGAGCGGAGGUUGCGUUUCUAUAUCCGUCGUAUUGUCAAAACUCAGGCCUUUUACUGGACAGUCCUCAGUCUGGUAGCUCUCAACACUUUGUGUGUUGCUAUAGUACAUUACAACCAGCCAGAUUGGCUAUCUGACUUCCUCUACUAUGCAGAAUUCAUUUUCUUAGGGCUCUUUAUGUCCGAAAUGUUUAUAAAAAUGUAUGGGCUUGGAACGCGGCCUUACUUUCAUUCAUCUUUCAACUGCUUUGAUUGUGCUGUUAUCAUUGGGAGCAUCUUCGAGGUCAUUUGGGCUGCAAUAAAGCCUGGCACCUCCUUUGGGAUAAGCGUCUUACGAGCUCUCAGGUUACUGCGUAUUUUCAAAGUCACAAAGUACUGGGCUUCCCUACGAAACCUAGUUGUAUCUCUGCUGAACUCCAUGAAGUCCAUCAUCAGCCUUCUUUUCCUCCUUUUCCUCUUCAUAGUCGUUUUUGCCCUUUUGGGAAUGCAACUCUUUGGGGGCCAGUUCAAUUUUGAUGAUGGAACCCCACCAACCAAUUUUGACACUUUUCCAGCAGCAAUAAUGACAGUAUUUCAGAUUCUGACUGGUGAAGACUGGAAUGAAGUGAUGUAUCAUGGUAUCCAAUCUCAGGGCGGUGUUGAUAAAGGAAUGAUGUUUUCAAUCUAUUUCAUAGUCCUGACCUUGUUUGGUAACUACACUUUGCUCAAUGUGUUCUUGGCUAUUGCGGUGGAUAAUUUGGCCAAUGCACAAGAGCUCACCAAGGAUGAACAAGAAGAAGAAGAAGCAGCUAACCAGAAACUUGCCCUCCAGAAGGCGAAGGAGGUAGCAGAAGUGAGUCCUCUUUCUGCAACCAACAUGUCAAUAGCAAUGAAAGAGCAGCAAAAGAAUCAAAAAGGCAACAAAUCUGUUUGGGAACAGCGGACAACUGAAAUGCGGAAGCAGAAUUUGCUGGCAAGUAGAGAGGCCCUAUACAAUGAGAUGGAUCCUGAGGAUCAUUGGAAAGUUGCAUAUGCCCGGCAAAUGCGUCCAGACAUGAAAACUCACUUAGACAGACCACUGGUGGUAGAUCCUCAAGAAAAUCGGAAUAACAACACCAAUAAGACACGUCCCAAUGAGCCACCCUUGAAUCCCCACUUUGGGCAACAACGGUCUGUGGAAUUCCUACGAAAACCACCCCGUUACCAUGCACAUUCACGAGAACCCCACCUGUAUGAGCGUCCCGACUCAGGAAGCUUGGAGCCUCGACACCCAAGGAGCAAUAGCAAGGAAAUUGACUUUAAUCAAGAAAGUAGAUGUCAUGAUAUUGAUUAUCCCAGCCAGGAGCGUAGUGUCAUUCCAGAGCAGGGUUAUCAUGGUGACUGUGCCUCAGAGCGCAUCAAAAAUAUAGAUCCCCAUCGCUGGCGCCAAGGUAGCAAAGAAAGUCAGAGUGGAUCACCUCGUACGGUAGAUGGUGAACGGGAGCACCGGCGGCAUAGAACACACCGCCGAACACCAGAUGAUGGAAAUGGUGAACAGAGUGGCAGAGUUGAACGUCGCCCUCGGCAUCGUGAGGGGAGCAGACCUGUACGAACUGACAUGGGUGGGGAACAUCCUGAUGGAGAAAGGCGCCGACGGCACCGGCAUGCUGGACAGUCCACUUAUGAAGUCGAUGGCAAGGAACGCCGACACCGACGCAGGAAAGAAAACCAAGGAUCUGGUCAUCCACCAGGACCAAACCUAUCUACCACAAGGCCAAUUCAGCAAGAUAUGGGACGUUUAGAACCUCCAGUAUCUGAGGAUAUUGACAACAUGAAGAAUAAUAAAUUGGCAACCAAUGAAACCUCAAACCAACAUCUCAUCAGUCAUUCUCAGAAUGAUCCUAUCAAAGGAGGAAACCACUCAAAUUCCACACCACACUGCACAUCCCAAAAUCAACCUAUUCCUUUGGACCAACCAUUUCUCAACUCUCAGAAUUCUACCAGUCGCCAAACCCCCAGUAACCCUGCCAAUCCAGCCAGUCCUGGAGCUCCUAAAAAUCCAGAGAACAGCCUUAUUGUCACUAAUCCCACAACCCAAAACAAUCCACCCAAAACUGCCAAGAAAUCAGAAUACACAGCAGUGGAGAUUCCACCUGCCUUCCCACCUCCAAUCAAUAAUGCUAUAAUGCAAGUCAAUAAGAAUGCCAAUCCAGAGCCUCUGCCAAAGAAAGAGGAAGAGAAAAAAGAGGAAGAUGAUGAUGAGGGAGGUGAAGAUGGGCCCAAGCCUAUGCCACCAUACAGUUCUAUGUUCAUCCUCUCAACCACUAAUCCUUUUCGGCGCCUCUGUCAUUACAUUGUCAAUCUGCGCUACUUUGAGAUCUGCAUUCUGAUGGUGAUUGCCAUGAGCAGCAUUGCAUUGGCUGCUGAAGAUCCUGUACAGCCGAGUGCUCCUCGUAACAAUGUUCUUCGUUACUUUGAUUAUGUCUUCACAGGUGUCUUCACCUUUGAAAUGGUUGUUAAGAUGAUUGACUUAGGACUGAUACUUCAUCGGGGCGCUUAUUUUCGGGAUCUGUGGAACAUCCUGGAUUUCAUUGUGGUCAGUGGAGCAUUGGUGGCAUUUGCCUUCACGAGCAGCUCACGAGGCAGUAAAGGAAAAGACAUCAACACCAUUAAAUCCUUACGUGUCCUUCGUGUCCUCAGACCCCUCAAAACUAUCAAGCGGUUGCCAAAGCUCAAGGCUGUCUUUGACUGUGUGGUGAACUCACUCAAAAAUGUCCUCAAUAUUCUCAUUGUAUACAUGCUCUUCAUGUUCAUCUUCGCUGUGGUUGCUGUCCAGCUCUUUAAGGGCAGGUUCUUCUACUGCACUGAUGAAUCCAAGGAGUUUGAAAAGGACUGCAGAGGAGAAUAUUUAGUCUACGAGAAGAACAAUGAAGUGAAGGCUGAGAGACGAGAGUGGAGGAAAUAUGAUUUCCAUUAUGACAAUGUACUAUGGGCACUGCUUACCCUUUUCACUGUGUCUACAGGAGAAGGUUGGCCAGAUGUUCUUAAGCACUCAGUGGAUGCUACAUAUGAGAAUCAGGGGCCCAGCCCAGGUUAUCGCAUGGAGAUGUCCAUCUUCUAUGUGGUUUAUUUUGUGGUCUUCCCAUUUUUUUUCGUCAACAUUUUUGUGGCCUUAAUCAUCAUCACUUUCCAAGAGCAAGGGGACAAGAUGAUGGAGGAAUACAGUCUGGAGAAGAAUGAGCGAGCCUGCAUUGAUUUUGCUAUCAGCGCCAAGCCACUAACCCGACACAUGCCUCAAAACAAGCAGAGCUUUCAGUACCGUAUGUGGCAGUUUGUGGUUUCCCCUCCUUUUGAAUACACCAUUAUGGCCAUGAUUGCCCUAAACACCAUUGUCUUAAUGAUGAAAUUCUACAAUGCAACAAAUCUUUACGAUAAUUUAUUAAGGAUGUUCAACAUUGUCUUCACUGCCCUGUUUUCCUUGGAAUGUAUUCUGAAAAUCAUUGCCUUUGGAGUGCUGAAUUAUUUCCGUGAUGCCUGGAAUAUCUUUGAUUUUGUCACAGUUCUGGGUAGCAUCACAGACAUCUUAGUGACAGAGUUUGGGAACAACUUCAUCAACCUGAGUUUUCUUAGGCUGUUUCGAGCUGCCCGUCUCAUUAAGUUGCUCCGACAAGGCUAUACCAUCCGCAUUCUGCUCUGGACCUUUGUCCAAUCUUUUAAGGCCCUUCCAUAUGUGUGUUUGCUGAUUGCAAUGCUGUUUUUUAUCUACGCCAUUAUAGGAAUGCAGGUUUUUGGCAAUAUUAGCAUUAAACAUGAUGAGGAUAUAUCUGAGGAUGACUUGCCUGCCAUCACUGAGCACAAUAAUUUUCGCACAUUCUUUCAAGCUUUGAUGCUUCUUUUUAGAAGUGCCACAGGUGAGGCUUGGCAUGAGAUCAUGCUCUCUUGUCUAAGUGGAAAACUCUGUGAUGAAAAAGCAGAUCUCAAAGGAUAUCAGUGUGGCAAUGAGUUUGCAUACUUCUAUUUUGUUUCCUUCAUUUUCCUGUGUUCUUUCCUGAUGUUGAACCUUUUCGUGGCUGUCAUCAUGGAUAAUUUUGAAUAUCUGACCCGCGACUCCUCCAUUUUGGGGCCCCACCAUCUGGAUGAGUAUGUUCGUGUGUGGGCUGAGUAUGACCCUGCUGCCUGGGCAGGGCGGGGACACAGUCACCGAGCCCAUUUCUUCGAACUCAACGAAUGGAGGCUUCUGAGGGCAACAGCUUGGAAGAAGGCCAACAUUCCAUCCCUCAGGGCAGCUUUCCAUUUUGGCUCCAAGACCUUCUGGGUGGAUGUCUGAGGUGGGGGUGAGUAAUAAAUCUCCCAUUUGCUCCAGCUCAGUUAUCCAGGGAAGACAUUAGAGCUAAGGGGCAGAUCUAGAUUCUUCCUAAUUCAAGAGUGGAAAUCUUUGGGCCAGUUAUGGCCUCCAACAAUUCAUUUGGAUUUAUCAUGACGCCUCCCUCUUCCCACUAGAGAUAACUUUUAGACCUAUUUUGAAGGGGAGUUUGGGGGUUUAAGAGGUGGAAAUCACUCUUUAACAUCACCAAGCUGCUUCUAAACAUAGGCUCAAUGAUAUUUGGUUGGUUGGUACAAAUGAGUGCUUUUGGACUAUCAAAAGAAUCUGUCCCCAUAAGGAGACAUCCUAUUUAUCACAUUGGGAUUCAGAAUUAUCAGAACAUUGUUUCACCUUUCCUUCAUCUCUUUCCAACCUAAGGCUGAUAAUUUAUUCUCAAAGUUUUAAGAAAUACUCUUUAAAAGUGGGGACAUUCCAAAGGCAAUGAAAAGGUAUCCAUUAGUAUUUCCUCCUUGCUAUCUUGAAGCUUCUUGGAAAUGUCUGGAUUCUAUUUUGAAAGUGUAAGCUGUCCUUUCAGGAAAGCUUUAGCCUCCCUCUACAGGGCCCUGUUUAUUCCAAGCUGAACUUUUCACAACUUAUUAGCUAAUACAUUAGUGUUCUAUAAUUCUCUUAUGUUCAGGGAACCUGAAUAUUUGCUUCCCCUAAGCCAUUUUCUUUUUUACCAUGUAUGUAGUUAUUGUCUUCAAACUACCUUGGAAAAGUAGAUUGGCCCAUGCCACCAGAAACAGACUUUGAAUUAGUGAAUAAAGGCUAAGCAUUUCCCACUCAAGUUUCAGAACUGCUCAAAUUUCCUAUUAUUGAUACCUCUGUUGCAGCAUUCAUUUCCUAUUGUGAGAUAUAGUCCUAAUCUCCUCUAUGAGAAAAGAUUGAGAUGUACAUAAAAACACUACAGUAGCAUUUGGAGUUUCUGCCAAUAUAAAAACAACAUAAAAGAUGACAUCUUUGGUUUCAUCCCAGACCGGCGAAGAAUGGCUUACAGAAAUUUUCAUCCACGUGAGCCCUUUCAGAUUACUCAACUCUGGAUACUAUCCAUUUCAGAGAUUUGACCUAUAUUUUGCUGCAAGAAAACACAUGCAAUAGUUAAGAAACUAAGAUAAGAAUCGGUGCUCUUAGAUUGAUUUAAUUGGUUCCUUUUUCUUCUUCCAGAAUCUUAGACUACCAUAAGGGUGACAAGGAUGAAAAGAAAGCUUUUUCACUAGCCAGGAGGAAAUGAACAUAGGUCCAAAGCUAACCAACCAUUUCAUUUUAUCUAAUUAUCAUGUUUAAACCUUCCAAAGAACUAAGAUAAAUCAAAGCUAAAUAAUUUAUUAAUCCACAAAUAUCCAUAUCUCCAUUUUACAAUUUCUGAAAAACUCCUAAGAUUGUGCUGUGAAAAUUAAGCAAAACAGUCCCUCUAGCUAAUCUAACCAAUCAUUGAUUUGAGAUUGAGUCCACAUAGAAUUUCCCUCCCAAAUGAAAAAAAAUAAUGUUGAAAAUUACAGCUUUAUCUACUCUAGCAAUUUCACAUUUUACUCAUGCUCUUUGUGGACCUUGGGGAUCAACCCACUUUUUCAAAAAUAAAAGUUUUUCCUGCUGCAAAAAUAUUGCCUACUAAUUACAUUAAUGGAACCAAAUAUCUAAGAAUUCAUACCGAGUCUCAUUCUAACCAUGUAUCUUCCAAAUUCUCAAGAACCGUCAAUCUGCUGAUAGAAAACCUAUGAUUGCCUUCUGGACUUGGCCCAUGCACUAGUUACAAGUUGUGACUGAUCUGUUGGAUCAUAGAACUUCAAGAAAAUAGAUUUAUUUCUUCCUUACAAUUAAAGAGUCCCAUGAACACAAGAAUUAUAUUAAGGCCACUUCUUAUUCAUUUAUUCAUUUGAGAACAGAGCCAUAGUACAUCUCUCUAGAUUUGAAUUUUAUAAUCUGCCAAAAGAAUGAAAUAAUAAAGUCAUCUUGUGCCUUAAAUAACUAUCUCAGCAAAAAAACACAUCAUGAUUGGAAGCUUUUAAAUUCAUCCAAACAUCUAGCAACCAACAGGAUUUUAUAUUUCCUGUCAAGUUGUCAAAGAUCUGUCUUCAUGUACUCAUCAGAAAAGAGCACUGAAGAUACCUGUAAGUAGACUUCAUGGUAUUUGUGAGCCACAUGUAUGAGUUAGCACCUAUACAAAAAGAUGUUCUGAAAAAUGCCCUAGCUGAAGAUUUCUUUUUUAUUAUUAUUAUUUUCUGUGGCUGCAUUUUUUUUUACCGUGAAUAACAGAGCAAACUCUUCAGGCAACUAUCCCUUCAGAAAAGGAGCAGUACGAAAUUGGGCUCAACCUUUGCAAAACCUAGUUUCAUUGAUGGCACUGUUACCAUCCAUUUCACACAAUUCUAUAAUAAUGACAAUCAAAGUGUCAACUUUGAUUUUUUUUUUCAAUCCCAAAACUGAUUUUACUAGUGCCAACUUUGAUGUUGGAUGCUAUGUUACCUCUGAUAGUAGGCUGUUAUUCUGAGAAGGUAAAAUCCAAGAUUCUACAAACCGGAGAAAGGUUAGAUGACUAUAAUCCUUCCAAAAAUGGAAAUCCCCUCCCCCCAAUGAUAACAGAAUUCAUUUUCACUGGGCUCAUUGGAUAGGCAAGAAUUAUUUGAUUACUUUGUUUCUAUAUUGAUACCUGUUUCCUACUUCUGCCGUAUCAAAACUUUGCUGGUAUCUGAAUACAGGAUUGAGGUUCUUGGGAUAGAGAUUUAUUGCCACGAUAUCUCCAGAACAGUUAUUAGCUUGCAACCAUUUAAACCUCAGUACUAUAUCCUGAAAUAUUCCAUUGGCACCUCCUGCUCCUUCAGCAGUCUUGAAUUGAACACAUACAAUUGAAUUUACAUUAUCAGUAUACCCUUCUACCACCUCAUCAGAUCCAAUGAUGAUAGGUGCUGCCAUCACGCCCACUCCCAUUUUACCUAUAGCCUUUGUGCAGAGCAAACUUUAGAACUAGACAUUUUAAGUCUCUUAAUCCAGUGUUUUGUUAUUCAAAAUGACUCUUCCAGUACCUUCAGCUAUAUUAAUAUUACAAUACUAUAUGAUGCUAAGGAACUUUAUUUCCUAAAUUCUCAUCCAUUCUUCCAACUUUUAAAAGACUGGAGAAAAUCUACAGGGUUCAGGAGAAGAAAUGCACUUUUCAAAUAUACAUCAUCGUAUUUCAUCAUAAAGGUAUCUCCUACCAGUAAAAAAAGCCAUAACUAUGAUGGUUUUGGUCACAGUUUUUACUUCACAGCAACUUUGGACUUCAGAAUUACCAACUUCCAUGCUUCUGUGGGCAACUAUAUUUUUCCCCCUUUGGGGAGUUUUUCAGUACGUAUUGAGACAGAAGAACUGCCAAAGCAACAGAGCAACAUUUUGUGGCCUAAUGUGAACUACAUCAAAAUCUGUGACAAGUGCUAUUUCCUUAGGGAGGCUUGUGAGAUCCUCAGGACUUCAAAGGCGGAAUCCCAUGUAGAGAACUUUGUCCUCAAAAUCAAUCGUAUUUGAGCUAAUUUAAGUAUAUGAGAAAAAUACUCCAUGCUUUAGCUCUUCGGCAUCUCUCGAACUUGUAUUACCAAGGAUGGGAUCAGAUCUCCUUCUCAAAAUGCAAUUACAAGUUUUACUCUGAAUUCCAUACUGUGGCAAAAUAUUUUCAAAAGUGUUUCUUGGAAAUACAGAGGUAUUAACCAUUUCAACGCAAGUGAUUUGCAGACAUCAGUUCCAAACUAUACUAUGCAGCUUGUAGACAGACUGUUUUUACCAACUAGUUUGGCAGAUCAUAUUGGACUAGUGGAAUGUAUCACAUCUUUUCAUCACAAAAGUUAUGUUAUGCAGCUUGACAUUAAUCCCUCUCAAGUGCCUAGCGUGCUACCUGUUACUCUCAUCCAAAAGUAGCUUUCUCAUUUGCAAAAGAGAUAU